UGGCACCUCCCCGGGCUCGGCUCAGGGGCCGCUUCUGCGCGUCCUGCGAGCGCUUGGGGCACGGCGGCACCGCCGGGUCGGGUCAUAGAGAGAACCCCCUCAUGUCCCCGUUCUUCCACCCUCGCCUCCCUCCGUCCCCGCCUCUCUCCAUCCCCAGUCCCUCCCUCCGUCCCCGCCUCUCUCCAUCCCCAGUCCCUCCCUCCGUCCCCGCCUCCCUCCCGUUCCGCGGAGCCCGUCUCGCCGCGUCCCUCGGCGCUGCCCGUAGCGCCGGGCGCGUUGCCGAGGCAGCGGGCGGCGAUGUGGCUGCUGAGGGGCCUCAGCCCGGAGCGCCGGGCGGAGCGGCGGGAGCUGGAGGAGCGGAACCGGCAGCAGUGGGAGCGCACCAGCCGCUCCUUCGCCCGCGCCGCCGUGUGCUGCUCCCGGCAGGCGCGCUGGAGCGAGCCCCGCGUUCGCCCUCGCAGGUUGCUGAGCAGCUGCUGCAAGAGCACUGGAAGGAAAACAGCACAGAGCUCCAGGAGGCGGAGUCGCAGCUGCACAAGAAGCAUGUGAUAGAGGCCUGGGGUGAUCAGCUAACAAAUAAAAACAAGGAAGAGGUGACUGAACUCGAAGAGAAGAAACGUUAUGAAAACAAGUACGAAAUGGCACGAAGGGAACAGCUGGAAAGGGUGAGACAAGAGGAAGAGAAGCAUCAGCUGGAAAAGAAGAAUCAAGCAGAGAUGUUGCUGCAGCAGAUAGAAGAACUGAAAUUGCAGGAGGCAGAGACAAAAAAGCUGAAAAAAGAAAAAGAGAAUUUAUUAAAGCAGCAGUGGGAGCUGGAGAACUUGGAAGAAGAGAGGAAACAAAUGGAAGAGCACCGAAGGCAGAAAGAGCUUGGUCGCUUUUUGAGGCAUCAGUGUGGUGCCCAGUUAAAGAGACGAGCGCAGCAGAUACAGGAGGAGCUGGAGACAGACAGGCAAAUCUUAUCAGCCCUCCUCGAGAGAGAAAAUGAGAAUCAUCUCCGGCAGUUGGGGUGUCGGGAGCAGGGGGUGGCAGACGUGGCCUGGAUGAAGCGUGUCAUCGAGGAACAGCUCCAGUUGGAAAAGGAGAGGGAGGCAGAGCUAGAGACUCUUUUUACGGAAGAAGCUAAAAAAGUGUGGGAGAUGAUGAAAGAAGAAUGGGAAAGGGAGAAGGUGGCCAGAGAUCGCCUGAUGAAUGAGGUCUUUGCAGGCAGACAGCGCCAGAUCCAAGAGAAAAUCAAGUUAAACAGACGUGCACAGGAAGAGACCCUGAAGUAUCGAGAGCAGCUGAUCAGAGAACUUGAAGAGGCAAAGGAACUCAGUCGGAGGGAGAAGGAGCAGGAGGAGGAACUGAAGACAGCCCACAGGCAGGAGCUGGAGGCACAGGGGACAGAGCGCCGCUGGCAAGAGGAGGAAGAGCAGUGGAGGGAGGAGGAAAAAGAGGAGAGAUGGGCCCGGCAGCGCCACAAGGAGCUUGUGCAGCAGGAGGGCGAGCGCAGGGUCUACAGUUACCCAAAGGCACCAUGGACCUGAGGAAUGAGCACUAAACGCAGCUCCAGACUACAGAAAGAGAACUUUGAAGACUCAAGGAACUCCUGAAACAAUGGUGGCUCUGGGACAGGCUACAGUAGAUUUGUGAAAAUAUUUAGCUGUGGCCCAGCUGAACAAGAGCAAAUUUCUACUGCCUUCAAGAAUGUGGGGGUGUGAGCACCCUCAGAGAACUGUGCUGAUAUGUUUUAGUAAGAGCUGGACUGUGGCAACACAGCAAAUAAUGGGGCCCUCUGGAUCUCAGCCAUGAAAGAAUACAAGGAAUGGGAGCUGCAAACCAGGAUGUGCUCUGUCAGGCUCCCACCUCUGAGAAUCAGGAUGUGCCUGAGUGCCCAGCUGGCUUUUGGGAGAUAAUUCAUUGUGCACUUUGCACAUCAGUCAGAUAAUGUGUGCUGUGGCACCAGUUCUUGAUUUGUCCAAUUCCUCUCCAGAAGGUGCUGAAGACUUCAUUAAAUGUUGUUUUUCACUUCUGUAAUAAGGAAUGAAUAAAACCUGAACAAGGAUUUGUUUCUUUUCAUGAGCAAACUACUGAAGCAAUAGGAGGGGAGACUGAGUUGAUUAUUGCACUUGAUUUCUUGCUGUUAUCAUUGGCAACUGCACCUUGAAAUCACAGUCACAGCACAAGGAGCUGAUACAGGGCUGUGACAAAGAUGGGAGUCACCCCAGCACUUUACUCAACUAGAGAAACCUUUUCCAAGAUCUUUCCAGAAGCAGCAGUCAAAUAAGCCCAAAUUAUUUCACACACCGAAAGGGUUUUAGCAUUUUAUAGUAAUACUGUAAACAAAAGAUUAGGUCAAAAUAUUGUACAGACAGAAUGACACUGAUAAAUACAAGGAUUUAAAAAAGGCAAAAAAGCUUUUCCUUUCCUCUGCAGCAUUUUGUAAAGGAAGAGCAAGUUUGUUUACAGGGGAACAAGAGGAGAUCUAGUAAUAAAAGAAAACAAAACCACCUUUGUUGUUUCAGGUGCUAUAAGCUUUGUGACUGCAGUGCUGUGUGAUGGGAGGGUUAAUGAACUUGCUGCUCGUGGGUUCCCCCGCUGGGUUUGAACCCCUCUGAUUUCAGCAUAGCUGGAGCAAGGGCUGGCAGUUACCAAAGUGUCCCUUGGGUUUGGAUCAAAGGCAGGUUUAAAUAAGAGAUAAAUAACACCAUAACUCAGUGCCACCCUGCUUUGGAAAGCAGGUAAGAUAUGUUAAAGAACAGCACACAGAAGUGUCCUGAGACACUGAAAAAGACCAGCUGCUGCCUUUCAGUGAUUCCAAUUUAAGUUCCUAGAAGAUUCUCACUAUUUAAUUGCCAGGAGCAUGAUUUUGAAGGAGGUUUCAAAAAGGUCUUUUGCAGUUCUAAUCUCAGCCUGCCUGUGUUCCCAUCAGGCUACAGAUGCUUCUGGGAGUCAGAAGGGCAGAAAGGAAAUAAAACCCCACAGUGAAGAACAUUAAUUUACUGAGUUGUCAUCUCCUCUCUCCAUUCCUUCCUCCCUCAGACUCUGGAAGCCAGUUACAGCAUCAGGAAUCCAGCAGUGUUAUGGCACUUGUGUUUGGAUAUCCAUGCAAACACACCAUAAUUUAAAAAGGAACCAACCCCUGCUGCAGCUCCUGGGCAGUAACAACAAAAUUCCAAAUGGGACACAGGCAGAGCAAAAAUUAGUGAUUUCCUCUCCCACCUGAAAUUCAGAUUCCCAAAAUGUCUCAUUUUUAAAAUUAUGGACUGACACAAUUUUGUGAACUGUUAGGAAUGAAGAAACCUGGAGCACACGUGGCCUCUGGGGACCCACCCACCCUUGGGCCAGGCAGCCUGGCAGGGGUUACUCAGUAACUUGUCAAAUUUUGAAGGAUUUGCAUAAAAACUUCGGAGAUAUAAGAAAUGUUUUCACAUUUGGAUAUGUUGAGGUACAGAGGUUAUAUACCAUGGCAGACACAGCUGCUUUUGCACUGGCACUCUUCUAACUUCCUUUUUCUGUUAAUUAGCACAGAAACCUUUAGUAAAAUUGGAUGUGGAGUUACUGAGCAAGGCUGCUGCAAACAAGACGGUGCCUUGAAGAUGACAGGAAAAUUCUGUAGGAAACUUAAGAAAGAAUUACUAACUCAGAAACAAAGGAUAAUAUUUUAACCACUAAUGCCCUAAAAGUAACAUCAAACAUAUAUAUUAAUGGCAUAGUGACAACUAAAAGAAAUAACUAUUAAGUUUCAAAUUCCUUCCAAAACAGAUAAAGUGACAAAGACCUUGUAGAGUUACACGUAACAAGCUUGGAUGCCCACAACUACUAUUGGUUUAGCAGACUAAAAACAUAUUGCACAACAGUUGAUAUGGGAAGAGAGAAUAUUCGGCUUGUACCCCGUUACCAGGAUGACAAACCUCCUUCCUGCUGGUUGGCAGUGAGGGUCCCGGAGCCUUCGGAGCCUCAUCCAGAGGGAUCCUGGCAGGUGAGGCUCCAGGAUGGACGGAGCGAGGCAGACACUGCCCUCCCAUCCGUGCAGGUGGUUCCAGAGGAGUCCCACAAGCAGGAUCUGAAAGCAGAACGUGGCCCCAAGGAAACAUCUACAAGAGCUCGAGACAGCACUGGGACGUGGUAUUGGCUCGACAGCUAUUUGCAACAUGCUAUUAUCCAUAACUACACUGGCAACACAGGCACAAAAUAAGGCAGUGGGUUAAAUUAAUCAUAAGAUUGUUAGAAAACAUGCAAAAAUAAUACUGAGUUUAAAAAAAAAAAAAGUUUCUUGCCCCUUUAAGUUUUUCCUCGUAAAAAUUCGAAUAGUCCCACACC